UGAUUGGACGGACGUGUGCGUUAUUGAAAUAAAUAAAAAUAAUAGAUAUUUAGAGAAGGAAAAUAAGAAAUGAGUGGUCGACGCUCGCGAGAAAUUGCGACAGCCAUCUGAGACAAAUUUAGCCAAACGAAGAAUCUCAACUGAACAUAAACUGAAUUGAGGCAAGAACAGAACGAGAAACGAAGGAGAUUUUCGGCAGAGCAAACUGUUGCUGUUGCUCUUGGUGGGUCUGCCACUGGGCCUGAGCCACUGGCUGGUGGCGGUGGUGGUGUUGGCGGUGGCUGUUUUUGUUUGGCGGGCGGCGGUGCCAAAUGAUGGUCAUGACCGCGUAAAGUCACAUAUAAAUAUAAUUAAAUCAACAAACUAUAAGCAGGCAACAAGCUUGCUUCAAUCGAGAUCGCGGGGAUUGUGUAACGGCCACGACAACGGCAACGACAGCGGCAGCGAAAUGAACAAAACCAUACUGCACUGGAGCUAUCUCAACUUUAAGGAUGUGCCGAUGGAUCUAUUUCUCUACGAGGACCUCGAGGAGGUUUACCUCAAAGAGAACUACAUCUCGGUGAUACCCAAAUGGCUGCUGAACAUCACGACCCUGAAGUUCAUACACCUGGCUGGAAAUAAUCUCGGCGAGCUACCCACGGACAUCUAUAUGCUGGAGAACCUUGAGUUUCUCGACGUUUCCAACAAUGAGCUAAAGGAACUGCCACCGACUUUGGGGCUACUCCUCAAUCUGCAGCAACUUAACGUGUCUGGUAACCAACUUAGUGAACUGCCAGUGGAACUGAGCAGCUUGCGCAAUCUGGAGCAGCUGAACAUUGCCAAGAAUCGGUUCCGCCGCCUGCCGGUGCAGCUGAGCGAGUGCGUCCGCCUGAACGAGCUGAAUGUGAGCGACAAUGAGGCGCUGGUGCACAUUCCUGAGCGGAUCUCUAACCUUCCCAUGCUACAGUCCCUUGCCGCCGAUCGCUGCGCACUUGUUUAUUUACCAGCCGCACUCUCCAAGUUUAUGAACCAUGUGCGCAUUUUCCACAACACCGCCAUAAACUACAUACCCAUGGUCUAUGAAAAAUUCUACCAGAACUUUUACGACAACCGACAGAGAGCUACUCCCAUAUCCAUUAAUCGCAAAGGUCUCUUUUGGAUUCGCGAACUGGAGACCAACUGCCGUCUAGUGCUUCCGGUGGGCACUCGCACAGUAUUUCCGGUUCCGUCUUUGGAGAAUAGGGUCACUCUCUACGACGACUGCCUUCAUGCCGUACAGACGCUAAACCGCUCGACUCCCGUCUACGAGAACUCCGCCCUCCAUCGGCUGCUCCCCGAGCCGUACAUCAGUUCCCACAUCAACAACGGCCCCAUCGCCCGAUGCACCAACACCACCUGCUCCAGAUGUCUGUACACAUCGUACUACUUCAUGGUCGUGAAGAGGCGCGGCAGCACCUCCAAGCAGCUCUUCACCUGCAAUUUCUGUACAAAUCGUUGCGCCCUCCUCUGGCUCGGGGGCAACGAGAAGAAAUACUACCAGUUGGCGUGGAGGGUAUCCGAUGACGAUGAUGAAGACCCUGAACCUGAACCCGGGAAAUGAAAUGAGUCGAAACAGUGGAAUGGCCAAAACUCUCGUUGUAUAUAAAUUUAGAAUUGUUUAUUUAUUAUCUUUAAUUACCAUUAAUUAGCUUUGUACGCGUUAUAUAUAUAUAUUUAUUCAUCUAA